UCAUAGAAUCACGUCUGAACUUGAAUUUGAAACAUAAAGCAAAAGGGCGUGGAGAGUGAAACGAUCAGAAGAAUGUCUGACAUCUUGAGUUGUGUAUGUAUUUUUUGAGUGAUUAACGCGCUUCAGACUUUUUAAGAUGACCCCAACCCAUCCGAUAACACGUUAUCUAUCUAUUUAAACUGUAUUACUUUGAUUAAUUAAAAUCCGUAUGAAGAGAUAACAGUUUAUAAAAUGCAAUGAAAGAUAAUAAAGUAAAACAUUUAUUAAAUAAGUUAACUGGUAGGUUAAGAGUUAAGUUUUUCCUCGACGAGGCAUGGAAAGACUGUGGUCUGGGCCGCCAAUUUACAAUAGGGGCACAGUUUGAACGGGACUGUUCAAACACAGCCAACUCAACGGUGCGUCAUCCCAGGGAAGGAAAACUUUCACCGUGUUUGUACCAGUAGGCAGCGUUUGCACGCUUCUCUGGAAGAAAUCAACUUCAACUCAGCCCUGCGCACAUACCUCCGACUCGUAUAUAUAUUAGCUCAAACUGCAUUCCUUGCCUGCUGUCAGAUUUUGAGAACAGCACACAGCGACUGCAAAAUGUAACCUACAUACUUGUGCGUUGCGAUAAGUUGUUAUUACAGUAUUUACUACAUAACGACUGUUGACUUCCAAUUUGGAGUAGAACACUUUUACUCUACCAUAACAUUGGAGGUUUUAAUAUUCAAAACAUGUUCACAAACUACGUAAAGAGUCUGAAUGAUAUGGUUUUUCCUACGUCCCAGUCACCAGAACAGCAGAAUACUGGGGUCCUGGGCCGUAUAGGGAGCUGGUUUUCUCCCUGGAGAGGAAGAAGCCCCUGGAGCCCCACAGGAGAUGCAUCCCCAACCAGUGAACAAGCCCCCAGGCCAGAAGGAGAGGAGGGGCCUCUGAGGGGGUCCCGAGAAAAGGAGCAGCAGGAGGAGGAGGAACAAGAGGGGGGCCAAGACUCCCAAGCUAACAAGCCUUGCCUAUCCAAGGAUCUUUUCUCAUGUGAGGAGGAGGACGCCAGGCCGUCUGCCCACAGAGCCAGACCUCUGUCAGUCUGGGGCAUAGGCAGUGAGCCAGGAGGCGGGCCCGUAGAGGAGGGACAUGCUGAGCAGCCACAAGAGAAGGAGGAGGGAAAAAAACAGGCUUCAGAAAGCAGGAAUCCUGCCUUGGACUGGAAUGCUAGUCAGUUGACACAUUUUUCAUCUUCAGCAGAAGAGGGAGUGGUGGGGGACUCUGACCAGGAACAAACCCAGGCCCACACCCAGACUCAGGCUCAGACAAGCAGGAAGCUGCAUGUGUACCUGGAAGAAACCAGUGUGAGCCAGAGCAGUGAAGAUUCUGGACAGGAAGUUGUACACACAGUCAAGAAAAGCAUCCAGGUGGUCUCCAGGGCAAAUAGAAUCGAUUCCUGUGGGAACACUGAUACUGUGGCAUCAGAGCGCAAAAGAACACAUCUGAACCCUGCUAUUGGAGACAAAGGUCACUACAGUGCCUUGGUGGGAGUGUCACUAAAGUCUCCCAUAGAAACACAGCCUUCACCUGAGCUCUCCGGAAGAGAGACCAACAAAGACACCAUGGGGCGAAAAAAUUCAGGAAGGAGGAGGUCAAGGAAGACCUCCCUGGAAGAUGGAACGUCCCAGGAAAACCUGCCCAGCAAAACCCAGCCAUCCAAUACGGGCUCAUCCUCAUCAGAUAGAAACUCAGGAACCAGUUCCCGCCCAGUGGAGGCAGAAACACACCUGGGAGAGCAGGAGGCAGACUCCUCCCCCACCAAAAACAAAGCUUCCCUGACCUCACCUGAGGGAGCUAGCGACAGGUCGACCUUCAGCACAGUGGGGGUGGAAAACAACCUGCAGGACACUGACUCCCCUGUUCUGGCCACACUGGUGUCCAUAGCAGACACCAUGGAAGACAUAGAGGAGGUGGGUGAUAGCCUUUAUAGGGUGGAGAGACUGACAGAGACUCCAGAGUCCAAACGUAGGAGUAUGAAAGUGUCUCACAGUGAAAAGUUAUUUUCUAAGAAAGUUACAGUCAAUUCGGAGUUGAGCACAGAAGUAAAUAACCAUGUGGAACAGGAUUUUUCAAGAGGGACUACUGAAGACACAACUAAAGGCAAAAGGAAACCAGAAAUAAACAAAAGGCCACAAGACAUGUGUAAAAUGGAUGAGGACCCCAAAGCCAGCUCAGCUGCCAGUUGUCUGAUUGCUGACAGAAUCAACCUGUUUGAAGGGAAGAUGCACGGAGAUGUUAGUAAGACCUACCCCAGGAGUGCCGAUGUCUCUCCAAUCAGGAAAGUCACUGGAAAGUUCAAAGCAGACAUCAAACAUGAGCAAGGGGGGCCACAUGUGAGGGUGAGGUCAGUGGAACGUGGAAAUACCAGGUCCAGCUCCGCUCCCCCUGUCAAGGGGAAAGGCCAGACAGUCAGGGAGCGAGUGAUGAACUUUGCAGAGGCAUGCAAAAAGGAGGACAAGAUCGUGUUGCCUCAAAAGUCUGCUAUGACUGGAAUGUCCCAAAGAUCAACCCCCUCACCCACAUCUGCGUCACAGUCAUUGAAACAGGACCUUCAGGCCUUUAUAUGCAAAACAGCAACCUCUCAAAUCACAGAGAUAACAUCCAAACCUGCAGGGCGAGAAACUCUCUCUGUUGUGGACACACCUGUUUCUCAACUUCAGACAGACUCCAACACAAAGGCAAAAAUGUUGUCUAAAACUGAGAAUGUAGCUGAUAGACCUUCCCAAGUAGAACCCAAAAUGUUGCGAGGUGACUUGGUUCAACCAACUCCUGAGGUAGGCUUACAGACCAAAACCCCUGGUAGGUCAGGGUCAAGGUCAAAGAGGAGGAAAAACAAAGAUUCAACGAGCCUUGUGAGUAAUAGUAUUAUCAAACCAGAGCUCCCAAACACAGAACAAGGACUUGUGAGCAUGCAGGAAAAGACAGGUGUAAUUAAGGACAUUAGCUGUGCAACUGAAAAAGAAGUGAAGACAGUGUCCUCAUCACAAGCAAAACAAUCUAAAGAUGAUGAAUCAGAAACAAAAAAACUGCCACUUAGCAAGGAAGCAAUCAGUAAAUCAUCAGAUCUCUCAGACAAACAUACUGAUUUACUAAUUAAAAAAGAUGGCCCCAGAAAACUGGUUGAGGAAAAUAGAGAAUCGGCCAUGUCAACCAUCAUCAGUGGAGACAAUAAACCCAAUUCCAACAGUGAAACAGGCAAGCUGACUGAUAAGACUAUUGAUAUUCCACCCACACAGACAGUGGGACACAAAGAGAAGGUUCAAAGCUCUUCAGUAGUUCAUGAAGGACAAAGUAUUUCUAAAGACAAAAGCUUAGACUUUUCUUCCUCAUCUGUACCAAAGACAAAUACGAGUCUUCAUGGGAUACCCACAACUAUUGAAAAUCAGCCAAAGGACAGAUUGGCUGAAAGUUUGGAUAAAAAAGCAGAGAGCGAAGUAAAACACAACCCCUCAGACAACAGCUUACACACCGGCCCUGUUAAUGCCCAGGGCAAAAUGGAGCCUGAGGCCAUUGCAGAAGCAUCAAAAUCCAAAGUCACAUCCCCAAAGGAAGCUGUCCAAGUCCCUGUAACCACUGUUCCCUCCUUGCCACUUCACACAGAACCUGUCCACCCAACACCCACUCAGCAGAAAAAUAGAACCACUGACUUUCUUGUGACUGGGAGUAAUAAGACAGCUAGGACAACUGACAGUGAUAAACACAUCAAAAAGUCACCUGAGGAAGGCUCUGUAAAGUCUCCAAAAGAGUCUCAGCAUGAGACUUUAUCAGUGUUGAAAACAGAAAAAAACUGGCAGGAUGACACAAUAAAGCAGGGAUGGGAUCCUGCAGCAGAACAAACCAGAACUAACAAAAAUGGGGGAGAGUCUACUGUAAAAGCAAUAACGUCCCCUGAACCUGUAGAUUCUAAAAAAAGCUCCUCAGUGACCAAAGGUCCAGUAAAGACUAAUAUUCAAGGGGAGAAAGUGACACCUGUGGAUUUAUCUAUGCUGAAAACAGGGAAAUCCAGAGAUGACACACUAAAGCAAGGACAGAGUACUGCAGCAGAACAAACCACUUCGACAGUGGAGGGACAGUCUCAUGUAAAAGUGAACAAGUCUCCCACACCUUCAGCUUUAGAUUCUAAUAAAAGCUGCCCUGUGAACAAAGCAAAUACCAAUAAUCAACAGGAGAGACAGAACCCUGUGGCCCCAGCCGAGGAGCCUUUAGUUGGGCUUGGACCAAGACCCAGUGAAGAAUUAGAUAUGGUUAAUAGGACGAAGAACAUCCUGGUAAAAACUGUGGACCCAGAUGACAAAAACUCUGAGAACAUUAAAGUAGGGACACAUGCAAGCGGUCUAUUACCAACUGAGGUGGAAGACAAGUUGCUAAAUGACAGGAAAGCAGAUGGGAGAAGGGAUAUUGUACAAAUCAGUUCAUCUAUUUCUACCAAUACCACUACCAGUACUACUACAGGGGCAGACAGGCCAGAAGGAAACAAUCCAGGGGUGAUGGGAAAAGACCCUGCAUCAAUUGGUAUUGGUGAAAUGCCCCCACCCCCAAGCGAUAGGGGAGCCACAGAGAAAAGCCCAAAUAAAUCUACAAAGCCACCUCCACUAACAGAGCCCACCAAACAAAGACCAUCUCAAGACCAGCGUCCAUCCCUGAACAAGCUACUCUUGUCCCGUGGAUCCUUUGGGGAUGGGUCCUUCCAACAGAGGGACACCCCGUCCAGCUGGUUGGAUAUUGACCAGCGGUUCCCCGCACAGAAGCUCCGCAGCCCUGAGUUCAAGCAAAAACUCAGCUGCUCAGUCAGCGAAAGCAACCUCACUUCAGGGGAGCUGGAGGAUGACUUUAUCCAGAACAUUAAGAAGUUUGGAGUACCUUUCUCUCUGCCCCCGCGCAAACACAGCCACCUCCGACCCCCUCAGCCAACCUUUGCCAUGCCCGCCAUCUGGGAGGAUCGUUUCGAGAAGUCUUUUGACCCUGAGAACUUUAAGUUUGGCUUAAGGAAGAAGAGGGAGUUCAGUUUAGAGUCCCCUAGCAACCCCUCAACCAAGAUACAAAGUGUAGGAACGGAUGGAGAACAGAAGCCUGCAAGAACUAGUAUUGCCGAUAGGAGCAUGCUUUGCAGGAGCUUGGGCACCCGCUCCAAACACCUCCAAGACAGGAAAAGUACCACAGAGGAGGGAAAAGACAAGGAACAGGGGGAGGAGACAAAAGAGAAAGAGGUGAAGGUGAAACCCCGCCCUUCCCGUUUGGAAGGAAGCUGUAUCUUUAACAGCUUGAAAUGUUCCAGGACUAAGAGAGGUGGGGAUGUGUCACCUAGCAACCUCUCCCCAGUCUCCCAAAUAACACAGCCAGCCCAGCCCACUUCCCCCAUUGCGGACCAUGUGGUGUUGGCCGACCAGAUUCCUCCACAAGAAAACAGCGUUUCUGCACAGGCUGUGGUCAGUGACUCAGGUCCUCCGCUUGUUUCCUUUAACGACAUCAAGCUGCCAGAUUAUUUAGAGAAGUACCUCCCCAAGAAGCCUGCAAGGCCAGAGCUGGGAAAAGAGAAACAACAGCUUAACUCUGAGAAGAUGGCUGGAGCAACAGGGUUGCUUGAUGGAGAUAUAGCAGAGCCCAGUACUAAAUCUGAGGUCCUGAAGAGUACUGGGGGAUCUCUACCCGCCCCUAUUGUUCCCCUACCAACACUACCUCAGGUCCUCCACCCUAAGGCUUCCCCACUAGGGGUUUGUGCCACUGACUGGUUUGUUUUGCAGACGGCGGCUAUACAGGGAUUACAUAGACGCCCUGGAAAGAUGGUGUUAUAUGAGUAUGCUCAGUUUGAAGGUCAGGCCUAUGAAAUCUUCAGGAAUGUGCCGAAUGCCACCUCACUGAAACUAUCCCCACUGAUUUCAGUCAAAGUUGUGAGAGGAUGCUGGGUGCUUUAUGAGAAGCCUGACUUCACUGGUCGUUGCAUUGCCCUGGAGGAGGGGCCUAUGGACCUGACCAAUGUGUGGGCAGAAUCAGGACCUCAAGAGCUACAUCCACCAGUUGAACCCCCAAUAGUCAUUGGCUCCAUUCGGCUGGCGGUGUGUGACUACAGCAUUCCUCACAUUGACUUAUUCACUGAACCGGCGGGGCAUGGCAGAGUGGUCACGUACCAUGAUGAUGCACUGGAGAUUUGCACUUUUGGUAUUCUUCAGAACACGGCAUCAAUCAAAGUCCACUCUGGAGUGUGGCUGGUGUUCAGUGACCCGGAGUACCAAGGCAUGCUUGCAGUGUUGGAGCAGGGGGAAUAUCCCUGCCCAGAGUCCUGGGGGUUUCCAUCUGCUUUCGUUGGAUCCCUUCGACCACUCAAAAUGGGUGGAUUUAAAGUGGAGAAUCCCAAUGAACAAAAGGCUUUGGUGUAUGAGCAGUCUGGCUUUCAAGGAGCCUGUGUGGAGAUCGAGAGGGAUGUCCUUAGUUUUGAGGAUGCCACCGACUUGCCAAAUCUGAAACUCAAAUCUGUGGGCUCUUUAAAGAUCCUUGGAGGACUGUGGGUUGGUUAUGAGCAGUCUGGGUUUGAAGGUCACCAGCAUGUCCUGGAGGAGGGAGAGUACCUGGACUGGAGGGACUGGGGAGGGGCCUCACAGCAUCUGCUGUCUAUACGACCAAUACUGUCUGAUUUCAUGUCUCCACACCUAGAGAUGUUCAGCAAGAGAGACUUUGAUGAGUUGGGCGCCAACAUCGAUCUGCUAGGGCCCAUCACCAAUCUAGAAGAGACUGGUUAUGGGCUCAAGACACAGUCGGUUCACGUUUUUAGCGGAGUGUGGGUGGCAUAUGAGGAGCCUGGUUUCUCUGGGGAGCAGUACGUGUUGGAGAAAGGGCUCUAUGGAAGUCCAGAGGACUGGGCGGCAAUACACCCCAAAAUCUCCUCAGUGAUGCCUGUCAUGCGGGAUAAUUUUGGGAAGUUGGUCAAGUUCAAAGUGCAAUUGUUUUCAGAAGCUGGCUUCCAGGGUUCCAUCCACGUACUAGAGGAUAGUGUUCAGUCUUUUCCCCAGGGUUUCUUUCUGGGUUCCUGCAGGGUUCAGGCUGGCAGCUGGCUGGCAUUCGAGGGUGAGGGCUUCACUGAAAGAAUGUACGUUUUAGAGGAGGGGGACUACCCGGAUCUGAGAUCGAUGGGUUGUUCGCGAGCCAAUGCUUCAAUCCUGUCUCUGCAAAUUACUGGCUUUGAGUUCUCUGUACCCUCCAUCACUCUAUUUGAGAGGUUGGGCCUACGGGGCAGGAGGGUGGUUAUGGCAUCUGGCUGUGUCAACCUUCAAUUGGCUGGAGACUGCAGUAGGGUCCAAUCUAUCAUGGUAGAUGGGGGAAUGUGGGUCAUCUAUGAAAGCAUCAAUUACAGAGGUGCGCAGAUUCUGCUUAAGCCUGGCGAGGUCGCUGACUGGCACAAAUUCAGCAACUGGCAGCGAAUCGGAUCCUUGCGACCACUAAUCCAAAAACAGGUGCACUUUCGUCUGAGGAACAAACAGACAGGGCUGGUGAUGGCCGCCACAGGAGAGCUGGACGACUUGAAGCUGAUGCGGAUCCAGACCAUGGAGGAGACGGGCGCAGUGGAAGAGAUCUGGCUCUAUCAGGACGGCCAGCUUCGCACCAAGCUACUGGAGGACUGUUGUCUGAGUCCCACCAGUAGUAUGGCGAUGGCAGGUAGUCGACUUGGUCUCUCCCCCCCCAAUCCUGAGAAACCGCCCGCCCUGUGGAGCAUCACGGCAGACGGCCUCAUUCUCCAUGCUCCCACCCCCGACCUGCUGCUGGAGGUCAAAGGUGGACAGAACUAUGAUAAGAACCAUGUCAUUCUCAAUACGUUUGUUCCCGGCAAACUGACUCAAAGAUGGACAAUUGAGAUACUCUGAGGGCUUAUGAGAACAUGGAAUCGGACCUAGUCUCAACAAGGAGCCUCAGUGCUCCGUUGUGCAGCUGCACGGUGGGAUGCUGGACAUUGGCUGCAGGAAGUAGUAUGACCUUUCCAUUAAGGUUGUUGACAACAAAGCUUUCUGGAAAAAUCUAAAGGAUUACAUUACCUGCCCAUGGCUUGGUAAAAAAAAAAAAAAAAAAAAGGACCAAAUAGUGGUAUGUUUACUCAUUUGAGAGAAAUUAGACUCUGACACACUAUGCAAUAAACAACUGUAUUAUUUUUGAUUAAUAAAUAAAUAUUUCAUA